UUUUCCAUGUUACAAUGAUAGUGAAUAAAACAUUAAUUUUUUGCAGCUAAUUAUUGUAACGAAACAUAAUACACUUGCAUACAAUUUGUAGUAUAUCUCAUUAUACAGAAUAUCUAAGAUAAAAGUAAUAUCAUGUUUCUUAAACUAUUGUUAAGUAGCAGUUUAACAAUCAUCGUCGCGGCGACUUUUUUAACCGACGAUGAGAUAAUAAAAAUAUCUCAAGAAGAAUUAAACAGAAUCUCGAUUUAUAUAUUACCGCAACAUUAUGAUAUCAUCGUUACAUAUAUCGAAAAAAAUAUUCUUGUCAGCAACUGCAGUAUACAUACACAGAUUAAAUAUUCAACAUCAAGCAUUAUAUUGUAUUUACACGUAAAAAAUAUUAAUCUAAUUGUGGUUUAUUAUCCAAAUUAUUAUUCUAUGAAUGAUACUAAAACUACGAACAUUUAUACAUCGGUAAGAUCUAUGUAUGAUGUUGAGAAAAACAUUGUCGAAUAUACAUUCGCUGAAGAUCUAUUGCCAGGAUAUUACAUCAUAAAAUUAGUUUAUAAUAUAACUGAAGGUACAGGCUUAAAAAACUUUUAUAAAAGAGAUGAGCGACAGUGGUUGGCAACGUAUGUUGAUAUUGGGAUCCAACACAUGCUUCCGUCUUUGCCCGUAUCUUUAGGAGCCACCAUGCCCAUCUAUGAUAUUAUUGUUGAACAUUAUCAAAACUAUACAGUUUUAUCAAAUAAACCGAUACAAGAAGGAAUAGAAACGAAUGAUAAAAACAUGACGAAGACACAUUUGCAUUCGCUUGUAAAACCUAUUUAUCUACUAUUUCUGGCUAACCGAAAUAAUUUCUCUCUUAUGCGUGGUACAAAUGAAAGUAUCAGAGUUAAUAUGUGGUGUAGAAUGCAUUGCGAAUUUGCACACCAAUUUGCUGAAAAUAUAACAUCGUACUUGUUCGAUAAAUGGAAACGUUUGAAUCAAACUUGGGAAAUAAAUCAUAUUGCACUUCCGGAUUUUCAAAACGAAAGCAUCAUAAAUCUGGGCCUUAUUCUUUAUAGAGAAGCAAAUAUUAUCUACAAUGACAAUGUAGAUUCUGUUGCGACUAAAAUCAAAGUUGCCCGAUUCAUGGCCCAUAAAAUAAUACAGGAAUGUUCUUAUUAUGAAAAUCCACUUUGGCUAUCAUCCUCUUUGUUAAAUGAGGCUAUUGUCUCAUUUCUUGGAUUAUAUGUCACCACUCAGGCUCUCCCAAGUACCCGGAUGAUGGACAUUUUUUUGGUACAAAUUCAACACGAUUCCCUUCAUUUCGAUACUGAAUAUGAUGCAUCACCUUAUAAUACAUCACUCAACAUUUCUUUUAAACAUUACGAUCACAUUAAAGUAUUCAGUGUCUUGCGUGUAGUACAAUUCUUGAUUACUGAAGAUUUAUUUUGGCAGAGUAUCCGUACAUAUGUAAAGGACAACCAGCCUACUUUUUACUACCUUGUUGAAGUUAUAAAGAUCUUUUCGCCCAAUCAAACGUACGAUCUUACAAGGAAAGAAUUGAUUAUAAAGCGGCUAAUUGAUUCUUCAACAAAACGAAAAUAUUGUGCUGUAGUGAAAAUAAAACGAGAUUAUAGCAGCAAAGAGCUAAAUAUAACGAUGGAAAAUAAGAUGUGGAAGGAUUACAUACCUAAGUAUUAUCAUACGAUGUUGGGUGACUUUAUAAUAUUUAAUCUACACCAAUUUGGAUAUUAUCGAGUUAAUUACGAUAUCGAAAACUGGAGAAGAAUUACAAGUUAUCUAAAUUCUGAAAAUUAUAUGAAAAUACAUGUUCUGAAUCGUGCCCAAAUUAUCGACGACGCUUUCCACUUAAUGAUAACAAACCAACUUAAUUCCACUGUAUUCUGGAAUAUUACGAAAUAUCUGUCACGAGAAACAGACUACGUGGCAUGGUAUCCUAUGUUCAAAGCUUUAGAAUAUCUGUCCAAUAUCUUUCUAUUUCGGGAAAAAAUAUAUGAUGAUAUCAAGAGUUUAAGAAUGGAGGCUGCGAAAUGGGCAUGUAAUCUUGAUGGUGAAAAUUGCAUAAAAAAUGCCCGACUUAAUUUAAAUCGAUAUCUCGAAAAUCCCGAAAAUAACACGCUUUUGCCAUGGUGGAAAGAAUGGACAUAUUGUCAAGGUUUAAAAAUAUUGUACUAUUCUCUUAGCAAUGAAGAUUCUCCUUGGUGGGGAGUAUAUCGUCUGGAAAAAGAAAAAUUUAAAACUAAAUUUUUAAAAUAUCUGUCUUGCCCUCAGUAUUCACACUUUAUCAAACCCUAUUUAAAACUAAUAAAAAAUGAUAGUACAACAUCGAUUAUGUUUUUCAAAGAUUUUUCCGAUAAAGAUUAUAUUAAUUAUUUUCUUUUUACUAUCGCGAAGCAUGCCAAGAAUCCUGUAGUAUUCGACUUCAUAUUAGAAAAACUUGAGAACAUAAGACCCAGACAAAUCAGCGAGUAUGCAACAUUUACUGUAAUUAUUAAUCAUGUGUAUUCCACAGAUCAACUACAAAAGAUAAACAACUUCCUAAAAUAUAAAUUUAUUAAUGUAACGCAAGUUAAAUUAAAUGAAUGUAAAAAGUUAUGGUUUUUUGUGAAAGAAAGAAAUACUAAAGUAAAGACAAGCAACUUAACACAAUCAGCAGAACAUUUCACAUGUAUGCAGCAAUAUAUUUCAAAUAUUGAAAGCAAGAUACAAAUACGCUUUUUCGAAAUCCAAAGUCAACAGAAUUACUUUCAAAAUUUUGUCAAAUAUCCAGAGUUGGAAACGUUUUUAAAAAAAAGUAAUAAGUUACCGUUACCUGAAGUUACUAGCGAUAAGGAUUUACCGUUCCCGUUAGGGGAAGGUGUCACCGCUAGAAAGUUACCGCCACCGUUACCUAAUCCCCGCGACCCAAUAUGUCCGUUUGUUUUGGCUAAAGGAGAGCCUAAAAUUUCUGGAACCUAA